AUGGUUCCAAAGUUUGUUGGGAUGAGGCUUGCGACAGAUGAAGAUGGAACUGACAUGAUUGUCAUGCACAGUCAGCUAAUAGCCAGACAGCCCAUCGUCUCCACCACUUCCCAGAGAGGGCUGAUAGAAAGCGUGGCUGCGUGGCUGCGUGGCUGCGUGGCUGGCCCGAUGACAAACAUUCUUCAAGAGCAGCUUCUUGGUGAGACGGCGCCAGGGAAUUCAAGGGUGUCAAUCGGCAUACUACUUUCAGCAAGCCAUGAUUUAUCGAGAUUCAGUCUCUGGGUGGAGGCGUCCACUACCGAGCCUCCCAUUGUGAUGUGCAUAUCAUUCGAUGCUUCACAGGUUGAAAAUUCCUGUAACUAUCUAGACAAAGGCCUGAGACCCGAGUCCCAGAUCGGGUACGUAUUAAUAAAAUAUUCAGCUGCGGCUGCAUCUAGAAGUCCCUCAUUCGCUGAAAUACCAGGUGCCCAGGUUGUGUGCGCCCUAUCUGGCCGAUCCCUCAACUCGGCCCCUGAUGUGCGGGGGUGCGCUGCUGACUCUGGGGCCAUGGGUGAUAAUGCUAUUUAG